GAUUCCUGUUCAAGUCGUAAACAAAAUUUACCUCAAACCACGGUAGUUUAUUAUCUCACAUUUUGAACACAUUCAAAUGGUGCUAAUAUCAUGUUGAAUUUCUCAAAAUUCUACCACCUUUCCAAUGAACUUCAAUCUCUAGUCUUGAAUUAUUGCAAGCCAAGAGAUAUAUCAAGAUUAUCACAAACAUCGCGUCAAAUGUAUGAAUGUACUGUGCCGAUACUGUACCGCCAUGUUGAUAUUAGUUGUCAUCGGACCACUUCUGAUGAUUUGGUCGACUUCAGAGGCUUUUUGUUUAUAUCGCCGCAACACGAAAACAAUGUGAGGCGGCAGAAUGCAUUCAUUGAGACGAUUCUCGGAUUACCCUCACUAGGAGACUUCGUUUCGAGUUUGACUUGGACCAUCUAUCCGAGGCAGGGCACUCGUAGAAAUCAAUUCGUGGAUCAUAAAAGAAUGUGGGAGGCGUGGAAGUUGCUAAUUAAAAUUAGAAGACUAGACCUUCAUUCGCUUGCUGGUGACUGGAGAGACUUUGUUUAUUUUUCCGCACCAAUUGACCACCAAUGUCUUUCUAUCCCUUCAGCAAUCAUAACGCCAGCUGUAUUCCCCGAAGCUACUUCCAUUCGAAUAGGUGGUCUUAUGCCCUAUAACUAUUUUCGCGCUUGUGUUUCGACACCUUCUAUCAUAGCUUCUUUGGAGAUGGAAAAUCUGCAAGGUCUCCGACAACCAAGAGAUGGCUGUCACCUUUUUGUUCAUCUUGUGCUUCCUUGGAAUAUGGAUGAUGAUUUCUGUGGAGACCAUACCAGAUACGAGGAGAAUGAUGAUGAGAAUGGAACUCCUGUAUUGAGACACGGCGACCCAAUGAGUGGGCAUCUACAACCUCUUUGCGGAAAAUUCGUGCAAUUGAAACAUCUUAAAAUUUCCACAGUGGGCCACGAGUUCUGUCGAGAUGUUAGAUGGUCAGAGACAAGAGAAAAGAAAAGAUAUUCCGAAAUAGCAAAGUUCAUCAAAUCGGUAGCACCCACACUGAUUACUUUUGAUUUUGAACAAGGGGCUGCACUUGAAUCCAUUGAAGGGUGGCAAAUGGAGCCGUAUACGUCCAUAUUGACGCAAUCGAGAAGGCCAAUGGAUGAUUACUUUUCUGAGUUUAUACUUCCAGCAUUAUUAGGAGGAACUUGGUCCCAACUCAGAAGACUUUCCAUCAGGGGUGUUUGUGAAAAUUUUAGGAUUGAAACGAGACGCUGGGUUGAAAAUGUGGACUUAACGCCAGAGGUACCUGACAUAAUAGAGUCUGCUAUGCACCAGUUGCGUUUGGCUAUGAGCAAUAGUGUUGAGUUCACUUUGGAGAGGGAGGCUCGGAGACUCUUUCGCAUGGCGUCUUUGAACGUCUAUAGAUGAUGAUAUUAGUUGGCUGACGAUGAUUCAGUAUUUUGCUCUUCAGUAGGGCAAGACGGAUUCCCCCAGCAGAUUCGAGUGGGCACUUCACUAAAACGAUAAAGCUAUGAGGAAAAAUACUUAUCUGUUGAUACAGUCCAUUAAUUAGUCUUGCAGAUAAAUUCUUAAACUCUCA